GAGAAUUGACGAGCGAGAGAGGGCACGUCAUUAAGCCCCGUGAGCGGUGCGAGAAAAAGCUCGGAUUGGGUAUAAAAGCAGGUGGCUGUAUGCGAAAAAAGUUCAAUAUCUAUUCGUACUUUGCUGUGACAACGUCGAAGACCAUUGGAAAUAACGCAUAUACCAAAAUAAAAACUUUCAUCCAGAAAGAAAAAUCAAAUUAAAGGCCAUACCUACAAUAAUAAACAAGAUCUCAACUAAAUAUAUAAGAAAAAUAAUCAACAUGUCUGAGGCACACUUCGAUGAAUAUGAGCACUACAACUUUGACCAUGGCAAACACAUCUUUUCCGGCCACAGCGGCAAGCAACGCUCAAAGAAAGAGGCCAGUGAGCACACCAACCACUUUGACCCGUCCGGCCACUCGAGGAAGAUUUUAACCAAACUCAUGAACACGAACAACAACAAAAAGAUGGUGAAAAACUGAUAUAUCAGGCAUACCAACAAAGAGACACUUACACAUCGAAAGACUUGAGUGUGAAAAAAGAAAGAACAAAAAUAACUGAAUUGAAAUUGCGAAUUAAAAGAAACGAAAAGAGCAUAGGAAGAUAUUUAAAAGCAACUCAAAAGCAACCCAAAAGGAAAGGGAGGAAGAAUAUUGAAGCUGCUUCGGCGGCAGCUGGCACUGUCGGCUGGCGCUGGAAAAAACACUGGAAUUACGUAUU